UCUGUGCGUCUGUGCCUUUUGGCUGGUCCCCUGCUGUCCCAACAAACGGGAGUGCUCGCCUCUGAUGGUUCAGGUUUAUCUUGUAAAUCAUAGACUGUAAGGCUAUGCCCCGUCUGUGAAUGGCACUAGACAGUUAGUUUUUUAACCCAAUGGAGUUUCGGAUGGAAAGAUGAUCGCCUCACUUUCUAGAGGAAGUUUGCUAGAUGAUGUUCUUCACGGGGGCUUCAACGAGCAGCAGCUGGUGACAUAUGUGUCCUGGGUGAACACUCAGCUGAAGAGGAAACCAGGACUCACAACCAUCUCUGAUCUGAGGCAUGACCUGCAGGAUGGAGUGGUGCUCACACAACUUAUCGAAAUAGUUGCUGGGGAAGUAUUAGAGGAUGUGUAUCUAGUGCCUCAAAACAAAGAUGAAAGCACAAGGAAUAUUGAAAAAGUGUUGCAGUUCAUUUCCUCUAGGCACAUACGGAUGCCACACAUCUCUGCAAGGGAUAUUGUUGAGGGCAAUCUGAAAUCUAUCAUGAGGAUAAUUCUGGCACUGGCUGCUCACUUUAAGCCCUCAGCCAGUCACAGAGCAGCUUCAAGAAAUGGAAGAACCGCAAACAAAAUCUCGACCAAUCACAACCCUCUGUCGACUGUGGCUCUGGCCCAAGGAGCAGCUGCAGCUCUUGCUUCAGCACGCAUUGAUGCCUCCCAGCCACCAGGCACCACACGUUUGCACAGCAGUUGGAAUUCUGAAGGGGAAAAGAGUGUGUCCGUACGUGCGUUAGUUAAACAAUAUGAGAGAAAAAUCCCAGAUGAGCUGGACAAUGACUCCUCCAACAGCCUGAGUUCUGUCAGUCCCCUAUCCUCUCCGAGAACUGGUCUAGCCAUCCAGUCUGAGAGAAUUCAAGAGCAGCAGCUUAGCAGUGAAUCUAAUGUUGCAGUGGCAACAUCAUGGGAAGAUUCAAUCAGUGAGGACUUGGAGAAGGAGGUCCUGGAGACUCGCAAAAUGGUGUCUGCCUUACAGAACUUGCUGCUUCAUGGUUCGCUGCCUGAGGACGACCUGGAUAUGUCUCUAAAAUUGGAUCAGUGCAACGAUGAACAACAAGUGACCGUACUUCGCAGUCGCUUGGACCAAAGUAUGGAGGAGGCAAAGGACCUCAAGAAAGAAGUGCUGCGCUGCAAGCAAGAAAUUAGAACCUUACAAGGCGUAAAGGAGGCCCAGCAGCAGAGACUGUGCUCUCAGGAGACGGCCAUCCUACAAAUGAAGCAGGAACUACUGAGGGCCAGUAUGACACGAGAUGAACUCAACAACCAGAAAGCAGAGCUACAGUGGAAAGUAGAAGAAUCAAAUAGAUUAUGGGGAGAAUGCAAGAAAGAGAUAGUACAGAAGGAUCGACUCCUGCAACAACUGAGACACAAACUUGAAGAAAGUCAAAAACAACAGUGUGAACUGCAAAGAGAGUUAGAACAUAAGAACACAAUGCUACAGGAGCUAAGGAAUAGAGAUUUGCAACAGGUCACCACAGAUAACAAUGGAUUUUUUAACCCUGGAAAUCCAGCGUCGCUUGUGACAUGUCCGACAGAGGAGGUACAGCUGCUCAGAGAUUCACUGAGGAGUUUAAGGAAUAACUUCCAGGAUCACGACCCACAGCAGCACACACUGGACACUCUGGAGCAGGGAAUUGUGUCACUGAUGGACAGACUGCUUGUGCUGCAUCCGCAUAGGGGACGAGGAAAAUCCCCAAAGCGACAAGAGAUCAAUCAACCCCAAGUCUCUUCAUCUGCCUCAACAAAAUUUCUAUAUUUCACCGGAAAAUCUCCUACACCUUCAAUGAUACACAUACCAAAGAGACUUGGUGAAGUGACUCUUAAAGACGUUAAGGCAGCUGUGGAUCGUGAAGGAAACUACAGGUACCACUUUAAAGCACUGGACCCUGAGUUUGGCACUGUGAAAGAGGAGGUUUUCCUGGAUGGAGCAAUUGUUCCGGGCUGGGAGGGGAAAAUUGUGGCCUGGUUAGAAGACAAUGGUCAAGAGAUGCCUGUGUAACCACAAUGGGAGGACUUGUAUUGUACAAUUUAUCAACUGUCCUGAGAGGCACAUAGACACAUUUUUGUAUUAUUUUAUAUUCACUAGAAACACUGUAUAUUUGAAUUGAUUAGCAUUUGUCAUCUGUCAUC